CAUGAAGGGAAAAACGACGAAAUGGGAGGGCCAUCGGCUGUCGGACAUUUACGAAGAGGAAUUUAUGGAGCAGACGUCGUUGCCGUUGUUGGCGAAACAAGCGAUGAACUACUCCUGCAACUCGACUUCUUUCGGUGCUACGGGUGCGGAGAAAGGGGAGCUACUGGCACGACGACAAGACGGACUUGGAAACCAGGAUGAUUGCGGCGGUGCUACGACGGGUCAGGCCGACUCCGACAAGGAUUUGGUCGAGGCGGGUAGUGAGGAAAAGAGCAU